CAAAAAUGGUAGUGUUGGAUCAAUGAAAUUGUGAUAGUGUAGUAAAAUCUAGAAUGGUGAUUUUAGUUUUGACAUUUUGAAUUAAAUGUUAUUAGUUAGAUGCCAUGGGGAAAGACCAAGAACUAUUAGAAGCCGCUCGAAAUGGGAAUACACCAGUUGUGGAAAAAAUUCUCAGUCAAAGAGCAAAAAGGAGUGGCCCACUUGCAAGCUUGCGGAGAGGACCCGGGGCCAAUGUGCAGGACAGCAGCGGAUACUCGGCACUGCACCAUGCCGCUCUCAACGGCCACAAGAACAUUGUACAACUAUUGCUGACACACGAGGCCUCCACGAACAUCGUGGACGUGAAGGGCUCCAGUCCUCUACACCUGGCAGCCUGGACCGGCAGUGUGGAUAUUGUCCGUCUGUUGCUCACCCAUGGCCCUUCCGUUCCUAACGUAAAUCUCACCACGAAGGACCGAGAGACAGCACUACACUGUGCUGCCCAAUAUGGCCACACGGCCGUGGUGAGUCAGCUGCUGGAGCACUCCUGUGACCCUACCAUCCGCAACAGUCGCCAGGAGACUGCUCUUGACCUCGCCGCUCAGUAUGGCAGGUUGGAGACUGUGGAGCUGCUCGUCAGGACACAUCCAGAGCUGCUGCAGCCUUACCUCAACCAGGGGUCUAGUCCCCCCUUCACCUUCCCUCACACCCCCCUCCACCUCGCCUCCAGGAACGGGCACAAGGCCGUAGUGGAGGUUUUACUGACUGCCGGCCUGGACGUGAACGUGCGGACAGCUGCGGGCUCCGCUCUCCACGAAGCGGCUCUCUGCGGCAAGACUGAGGUGGUCCGCUGUCUGCUGGAGCACGGGGUCGACCUCGGUAUCCGAGACGAACAACGAAACACAGUCACAGACUUGCUCAAACAGUUCCCCACCCACGUGGUGCAGGACAUAAUCUCCAUCAUAUCCAGGUUCAGAGCGGUACACGGGGACCAGAGUCUACCUCCCAUCCCUGUGCCGUCACUGGGCAGCCCCUACGAGAACGUGAGGGUGCCGUCCACCCACUCGCCUACGCAGUGGGACCGACGCGUCUCUGCCUCAUCCGCCAUCUCAAUAGGGAGUGACGGGCCGAGGCACUACAGCGGGCUCUCCAAAUCUCUGAUGGAUUCGAGUUUCCUGUCAGACGACAUGUCACUGUCAGUGUCGGGCCGGUCACGUGACCUGGACCAGAUGAGUGUGUCCAGUACGGCGUCCAGCACCGGAGGUCCCUCACCGCGGGACAUCUACCUGCCGAUGGCGCCUCACCCUCACUCGCCCACCACAAACAACAAGGUCUCGCCAACGCCACCGAAGAAGCCGCCCCGCAGAAACUUGUCAGUGUCACCCACACACCUGCUGCCUCUGAUGUCGGUGUCCGCGGACUGUAACCCCUCCAGCAACGCUUACGAGUACCUGUUCCUGGCCCGCAGCGGUGUCCGCAGUCACGGCGACCUGGACGAUAUGAUGGCGUGUGCCAAGCUGCGGAGAGGUGUAUCUGCAGACCAGUAUGUGGACAUGAAGCUUCGCCGCAGCAUGGCAGAGUCGGACGACAAGUACCAGCCUGUCGCCAUCACCUCACUGUAUGAGAACAUCCCCGUGAGAACCACCAACCCCAGGCGCAAGCUGAGGCGGCUGCACGACAAGAACUAUGAGAACUGUGAUCCCUCCAUCAUCCUCAGCAGAGGAGACCUGCCUUUCCGCAAGGUUGAUGCGUACUCGCCAGCCGCAUCAGACUCACCUGUGUUUGUGUCCAAUGCCUACAUCACGCUGAAGUCGUCACAGGAAAGUUUGCUGAACGGCGACAUCAGGAGACAGAACUGUCCACUGAGUCCUACUCACUACCAGCAGCCCCCCACUCCUGAUCACCCUCCACCCUCAGCGCUGCAGGCAGAACGCAGCAUACAUGAGCGGAUACGACCUCUCAGUCAGGAGUAUUGCAAUAUGAUGAAGAGGCGGUCGCGGGACAUGGAGACGGAGACAGACGAGGAACUUUUGCUGCUCGUGUUCCCUGCCAAUACUCCAGCCGACCACUCCAGCGGCAGUCUCUCCAGCAGUGUCAGUCUUAGUGAUAAGAGCGUCUCUACCGACAACAACCAGGUCGAAGAGUACAUCGGUGACGUGCCAUUUGCGGGAUUGCUGAAAGGCUCGACAACAGUGGAGGCUGGAGGCCGGGCCGAGAGACCCAAGACGCUGCGGAGGCUGAGGAACGUGUACGAGCAGAUGACCGGUGGCAGCAGCAGUGGCAGCAACUCCACCUCAGAAAUGAAGAGACCUCCGGAGGAUCCUACCCCCGCCUCCGACAAGACACUCAGCAUUCUCAGCCCCUUUGAUGAGCAGGAGGAAUGGGCCAAGAUAUCGGAAAUCAUGGCGAGUUUCGGCACAGGUCUCGUCCGGGAGUCUGUGUUCGUCACCGAACUCGAGAAGGAGUUCCAGGCAAGGCUGGGACUGAACCGGUCAGACAGUGGUACUUCCAUAGUAAGUACGACUUCCACAGUGGGACAGUGGUUGGCAGGCCUCAACUUUGCGGACUACGAGUCCCUCUUUGUAAACUACGGAUACGACGAUCUCGACUUCAUUAAUGGAGUACUGGAAGAAGGUGAUCUGGUAGAGAUGGGUGUCAGUAACGAGAAAGACAGAGAACAGAUCCUGGAGGCAGCCAAGAGUCUGGCAGCGAAGGUGGUGACAGCAUACCUUCCCCCACCUCAACCCCCGGCCUCACCCCCACACAACAACAACAACAAUGAUGAUGAUGACAAGGGCCAAACGGUGGAUGACUGGCUGACUCGCCUACAUCUGCCGCAGUACCAAGAGACAUUCGCCCGCCACCUGUAUACUGACAUGGACAGGGUCCGUCGUGUGUGGGAGGUGGAGCUAACAGCAGUGCUGGAAAUAAGCCGGCCAGGUCAUCGUCGCCGCAUAUUGGCCAGCCUGCCCGCUACACGCCAACCACCUUCCAUGGACGACAUCACACAGGAUCUGUCUCAGCUGAAGAACAACAUUCAGCAACUGAAAGAAGAGAUUAAGACAAAGCUUCCAUCGAACCAGAGCACACCAGGGAGUACAGGCACAUUGCGACACAGUCACAAGAAGUCCCGUCCUGCACCCCCGCCACCACCUCUUGCCCUGUCCAACGGUGGGGCGGAGCUGGAAAUCCGGGAGCCCAGUCAGUUGUUAGUGGGGGUGCCCGCCACUCUCACCACUCAGUGGCGCCACCGUCCCCAUAGCCUUGUCACGGGACAUGUCACCUACGUAGCCUCGUAUUUAGGUUCUACAUUGGUGAAAGAACUGAGAGGCACGGAGUCAACGAAGAAGUCGAUACAAAAGUUAAAGAAGUCAUCUUCCACCGAAGACAAGGACAAAGUCAUCCCAGAGAUCAUUCUUACCAUUUCAUUUCGCGGUGUUAAGUUCCUCAACCCAACCAACCAAGAACUGAUCUGUGAGCACGAGAUCCGCAACAUUCACUGUGCCUGUCAGGACGCAGAGGACCUCACACACUUCGCCUACAUAACCAAGGACCACGCCAGCAAGAGCCACUACUGCCAUGUUUUCUGUGUCAACACUAUGGACCAAGCUACAGAAGUGAUACUGACCCUCGGCCAAGCGUUCGAGGUCGCCUACCAGAUGGCGCUGAGGGAGGGUUGCUCAUUGACAAAUCGGGGAACCAACGGUCACACAAGGUCCCGUUCUGUCAACCAGAUCAGCAGCCAGCCAUUAGCACCUCCUGUCACCACCCAGCCACAGACCAACCAUUCACACUCGAGGUCACAUUCUGUCAAUGAGAUCAAGGUCAACGGUAACGCUUCACCACAGCACUCCGAGGAACUGCUGACCAAUGGAGGUAAUUGAACGAGCUUCAUAUCUCAAUAGUACAACAACAACAACAGGUAUCACUCGCUGCUCUUCGCUUACAUGUGCUGGUCAGGGCUUCUCACCGCCCGGAUACAAGCAAUAAAGCCCAUUGGUCCGCCCUCCCCUGCAGUCGCCCUCAGGCGGGGAUGGCCCACACAAUUGAACUCCAAGGCUGGGUGCUCUGUGCACACUACCAUCCCUCUAUUGGUCUCAUUAUACUGAAUUUAAAGGUUCGUUUCAAGCAAAUCUCUUAAAACCAAUUACGGGGAAUUAUGUUCAUAAACAACUGAUAUUGAAAGAUAUUAUGUAUCAAAGAAAGAAGGCAUUAUGAGAUUUUGAGCUAAGUGAGAGUUAUUGUACCCAAUUUAUAGGGUUUAAAAUACCACAUUUUGAUGAGCAUUAAAUUCUGAGAUGAAUCUUAAUACGAGGUUUUUUUAAAACAUUUAGAAUAUAAUGUAAAGUUGUAAAAGUUGAUUUCUAGUCUUAAUUUUGAUACUUGUUGAUCUUGACUUUGUCAUCCACUUUAUUUCACAAAUUGACCACUUUCUCCUUCUCCAGUCCAUUCCACGCAGGGUAACAAUAGACGUAGUUGCUGCUCACUCCAAGUCCUAUCGAGAAGCUGUGAUUUGUAUAUACACGUAUAUUAUUUUUGUGCAAUAAUUUGUCUUGUUUCAUAUUAUCUUCCUUGCUGUACAAAUAUUUUCCUGGCAAUAUUUUUUCAGAUUUGUGCAUUUUGUAUCUUUUCUUCAUAACACAUAAACGAUUGUUGAGUAGUUCUAUACAUAUUUGUAAUUUACUUACUGUCAUUUAUUGUAAUGUCCUCAGAUACAACUCGCUUUUUAAAUAAUUGUAACUGGGCUCUUAAAAAUUGUAUGUUUUUGACCUACUAUGAAAAAAUUGUUUUUUAAUUAAUUUUUUUAUGUAUACUAAUUGAAAAAUGUAAGUAACCCGAUAGAUGAGGUUUUUAUAUGUUCAAAAGGAAAUAUAAGCUACCAAAACACCAAAUAAAUACCACAAGUGGUCAUUUUUCCGUAUUUUUGUGUCAAUGUUUGUCCCAUGUGUAUUUCCUAUGACGUUUGUGAGCAAUGAGAAUCCGUUAUUAAUUUAUUUUGACUGACUACAUAAACUGACAUUAAUGUGAUUAAGUUACGUGUAUGAUAUUGAUAUUUUAUUCACUGUACUUGUUAUGUAUAUUGUAAGAGAUAGUGUAAGGUAGCCCUUAUUACAGAAAUUUUAUCAUUAGAGUUUAAUUGAAUUUGUUGCCUUUGCAAUUGCAGCUUAGCUAUGCAUUUAUUACAAAGUAAAUGUUAAUUAUAUGUGUUAUGUAAUUCGUAUGUAAUGCUUAAGUGUUCAUGCUAUUAGAUCGCCAAAUUUUAUAAAAUGUGUUAUAUCCAGAAUUUGCAUAAUCUAUCUUAACAUUGCUUCAGUGCUGCAGUUAUUUUAUUUUUAUCAUGAUAAUCGAAUUUAUUUGUAAAUAUGUAAAUAACGUAUGUUUAAAACUAUUUACAUUGUAAUUUCAAAAUCAAUUGCUUGAACGUCUUUCAUUCUUUGUACAUUAUUCUACCAACAAUUACUGAUAUUAAAUAAAUAAAAUUUUUGUGAAAUUUUAUUUCUUUCUUGUUAAUAGACAAAGUCUGAUUUUUAUCAUGUUUAUUAAAGUUACUUUUAGUUAAUAAUUAUUGUGUGUUUACCGUGAACGCGCCAUCAAGCUAAAGUGUUUUGUAUAGCACUAUUGGACUUAUUGAAGCAAUAGUUCUAUUGUUGUGAUCAAUGAGAAAAUACUAACAUAAUUGUGACUUUGAGAGUCCUCAAGGAUUUAGUUUGUUUAAUACACUAUUAAAAGUCCAACAAAUUUUUAAUUAACAAUUAUUAUUGAUGGUCAUAUUGGAUUGCAUUUAUGGAUUUUAAUAUUUGUGCAUUAUUAGCAUGUGGAUCGUUUAGAAAACCAUAAUAAUAAUAGGCUAAAUUAUCUCAAAUUGUCGUAUAAAUCUUAAAAGUAAUUAAGAUUAGUGGUUUUAGCUCAUACAAGAUUAUAUGGAGUAUUGAGACUAUUACCAGUAGUAGGCUUGGUUUUGUUGUUGCUCGUGUUACCUUCGGGGAACACUUACUGAAUUUAUUACAUUUUAAUAUUUUUUAUUAACUUUGACAAUCCCAUCAUAUUAUAAAACUUAUUAAUCGACCCCUGCAUAUUAGUCCAAAAUGAUUCCAUGAUGAUCCAAGAUAGUUUUAUGUAUCAAUAUUAUAGUUUUAGUACUUCAAAUUAUAAGUAAAAAAUAUUUUAAAACUAUUAAGAUACUCAAUAUAAUUUAUAAUUUGCUAUUUUGUGUAAUUCCUCGUGAUAAAUAGUAAGCAGUCAUAUUAGUUACAUAAUAUAUAACAUUGCCCUGAGAAGUACUGUUAAUGAAAAUAUUUCAUUAUGAAUUGAAAUUUCAUUUAUUUGUUUUACAAAUGCACUGUUAGUUUUUAUUAAAAUCUUCCUAAUUAUAUUUUUAAUACAAUAUUUUUAAUAAUUACAAUAUUAAUAACAGAUAUUUUCUCCCAUAAAAUAUGUAUCAGUAAAGAGUGCAAAUAAUAAUAAAUUAUGCUUUUUAUAUUGAGCAGAGUCUCACUGUUUAAUAAUUUAAUCAAAUAUAUUACUCUACUUUAUAUCAUGCAAAACACGACUAAACCUCCCAACAUCAAGAGCAUUCACACAAAGUAUUGAUUGUGUUUCUAUGUGCAGUUUUACAGAACAUCCUUUAUUUGUUGAUUUUACAUAUUUGUAGGUGCUGUGUUACUCAUGUUGAAUCGACCUAUUAAAUUGACUAAUGCAUUUUUGUUUUGCUAGUUUAAUUUUUGUUCUGAAGUGUUUCAAUUGUCUCCAUUUUAUAUUGCUAAUAACGUUGACGUAAGUAAACUAAUGUGAAAGACUGUAAUAUAUGUACUGUGUGCACACCAGGACGUAAGGUGUGAUGUGACGUGUGCCCCGUUCCCUCACUAAGAUCUGAUCUUCCACAUUGUUGUAACAUAUCCUCUAUGCUGUAUUUGUCCCCUGUCCUGUGUGUUGUGCUGCUAUCAGCUGAGUUUAUGUUUGUGCUGCUGCUACUGACCAUCACAAUCGUCCACUACAAUAACGUUACCUCUUAUAAUUAAGAGUAAAAUCAAAACAGUAGUGGUCCUACGAGACAUAUUAGAUGUUUGGUUCUUAUUUUACAAACUAUAGUUCUUUAAUGAUUUUGUUAACCCGACUGUACAGACAGUCAUCUUGAUUUUAUAAAAUAACAGUGUUAUUAAUUUAAGAAGAUAAAUAAAAUGUACUACCUUAUUUUGUGUGUAGAGUUUGCACGUCAUUUAUUUUUGAUAAUGAACAAUCAACAAACAAUUUCAAAAUGUUUUCAUUAGUUACCAAAAAUUUGCUCAUACAGUACUACAGAAGAUAUUCCAACACAGUUAUUGUGCAUACAAAUUAUGCCUUUAAAACUGUCAUCUACACCCAAAAUAAUAAAAUGAACCAGUUUUAGAUUUAACAUUGUUAUUAUUAGAAAAGGGUUGUCUCAGUUUAGUCUAAUGUUUUACCAGUACAACCUAUUUUAUUGUUAGUUUUUAAAAUAAAUUCAUUUGCAGAAGUGGCAAACUGUUAAAAGAUUUAAAAUUUUAUUUGCUAGUUUGUCAUUAUACUACUGUUAAGUAUAAUACAUUUUGAGGUUGAUAAAAAAUACAGUUUCUUUUUAAUGACUUUCGUAAAUAAUUAUUUAAACUAAUUAAUUUAAGUGCUUUUAUGCUGUUAUCACGCACAUAGCUAAUAUUUACCCUUUACAGUAUGAUAUUUCUCAGUUUAAAAUUGUAUUUUAAAGCAGAUAUAAAUCAGGUUUAAUGACCAUCAGUAGAGUGACAGACACCAACAAUAACCAAGUUAUAUUGCACAGUCUCACGUGUGAUGUAAUCAAGGCUUUCAGUUCCUUUUAAAUUAUAACGUAUCGCAUUGUAAAUAUGCUGUUAGUGUUGAUAAAAUAUGCAAUCCUUUGAUCCGUGUGUGCUUUUAAAGAAGGUCUAUUGAAAUGUAUAUUUAGGUAUUUAAGGAGUGACGGUUUCAAAAACCGGUUCGGCCGCCGAGUGCUCAGUCCUGAACCCAAUACAAAUAUAUCAGUAGUCUUAGCGAUUUAUUACUGUACACUGUACGUCAUCUAAUUACAAUACAAUAAUUAUCGACAUGUUUCUUCUAUGUAUGUACCUCAAAGUGACAAAUAGAUAGACAAAGUCCUAACGGUUUAUAUAUUAAAACGUUUAUUGAAAAUAUUUUGUUUUUGUUGAAUUAUUUUUAAAGUGUUUGAGUCGACGAGCUAAGGCUGUGACGUCAACUAUUAAACAAUUGCUAAGCAAAA